AUGAGCACCAUCAGCGACCGCAAUGCGCCGCUCUCCCCAGUCUCUGUAGGCGGCAGCGAGUGGUCCUUCUCCCGCUACCAAGGCAACGACGACGGCUCCGGCUCCUAUCCCAGCCGGCCAAACAACAUCCUCACGUCGCCUCCCACCUCCGGGGCCAUGAGCAUGAAUGGCUUCCCCCCGGGGCCGACCAACACCGGGGGCCCGUCGCCGCCGCCCUCCGUCGGCCGCUCCAGCAACGGCAUGAACAUGUACGCCAGGAGCGAGGCCGGCGGCGAGUCGCCCACCACGGCCAUCGACGACGGCGUCCUGGCCGAGCACUACGUCGCCCUGCGCGUCUUCCUCACCUCGCGCGACCCCAACGUCAAGCAGCCGCCCAACAAGGCCCGCGACAAGCUGCUGCGCCUGUCGCCCGUCCAGUUCUUCGAGCUGAGCACCGACGUCUACGACGAGCUGAUGCGCCGCCAGGCCGCCGCGCGCAUCCCCCCCAAUGCGCCCAACGUCCCGCCCGCCUUCCUGCUGCCCGAGAAGACGUUCCAUCCCAAGCGGAACCAGGCCCGCCAGCGCCUCUCCUCGCUCGGGCCCCCUCGCUUCCGCGACCUCGCCGCCGAUGUCUUCCACGAGCUGGAGCGCAGGUAUCCGCAGUUCAUGGGCAACGACAUCCCGCGCGUCGGCAGCUCCAUGUCCAACCGCAGCGGGCCCAUGAAUCGCACAGCAACGCCCUCCAACGGCAACGACUACCCGCCGAGGGGCCAGAGCCGCAUGCGAAGGCCGUCCAAUGCCAGCUCCAUCAGGGGGCCGCCGCCCAUCGACACGUACGGCGUGCCGCCCUCGCCCAGCAUCCCCAAUGGCAACUUUGCCCGGCCCAUGCCGCGACACCCCACGCAGAACAACACGAUUGUACCUAAUAAGAGCACAAUGAUUGAAGAGGACGACGAUGAGGCGGAUAAGAAGGCUCUCGAAGACUACGAGGCGCAAGUCAAAGACUUAAACUCCAAGAUUCAAAGCAUGGAAGAUGAAAUCAAGAAGAAGGAAGAGGAAAUCAACAAUUUACGUGAUAAUCAGUCCCAGGCCGCCGCCAAAGAUGAAGAGAAGCAGGAGUUGGCAGAGGUCCGCUCUGACCUCGAGGGCAAGCUGACGGAGGCGGAAAAGCUUAGCAACUCGCUCAAGCAGGAGCUCGAGCGCAUGCGCGAAGAACACGAAAACGAGACUCGGCAGCUUCGGGAACAGGUCCGACAGAGCGUCAGCGUCAUGUCCUCUGCAAGCGUAAACGAGGACCUGCAGCGUGAGAACGAGGAGCUGCGACAGUCGCUCCAGCUCCAGCAGCAGAUUACGGAGGAGGCGCGGGCCGAAGCUCGAGAGUUCCUGCGCGAGAUGCGGCAGCUCUCUCAGCAGAGCGGCUCUACAUACGAGAGACAGGCCGAGCUCGAAAAGACGAUUGAGCAGCUCGAGCGCGAGGUUGGGGAGUGGAGAAACCGCUACGCCAAGACCAAGACCCAGAUCAGGAGCCUGCGAGGCUCUUCCGCCGGAUUCAGCGUGGAUGGAGAUGCUACCAAGCUUCCGAGCGAUAACACCUUGCUGGACGAGGGUGGACGGGUCAGGGACGUCCACGUCACCAAGUACCAGAUGGCCAUCGACGAGCUCCUGCAAAAGGUCCGCGACGAUAACCCAGAAAACGUCAUAGAUGCCAUGAAGGCGGUUGUGGUCAGCGUCCGGCGCAUUACGAGAGACCUGGACGAGUCCGCACCGCGUGGAAGCGAAGCGUCUCAGCAGCAGCAGAGAAAGCUCAGGGCGAGGAUCUCCGCCACCGCGAACAGCUUGAUCACCGUCUCCAAGAGCUUUGCGGCCAGCGCCGGCAUCACUCCCAUCUCCCUUGUGGAUGCUGCGGCGUCACAUCUGACCGUAGCCAUUGUUGAGAUGCUUAGGGCCGUCAAGAUCCGACCCACGCCCACCGAGGAGCUGGAGGGCGACGAGGAUGGAAACGCGACCCCCAUCGACUCCAGCGGCUUCUUCUCCCCGCGCAGCACGGCGCGAGGAUCGGCAACCCACGACGGCCUGCCCCCGGCCCCGGCUUUCAAGACGCUUGCGAACAUCAGGGCGAGCAUCGAGUCCUCGGCCUAUAGCCCCGUCAACUCCCCCCGGGCAUCGGUGGAUGCGUAUGCGAAGUCGGCGCCCAACGGACACGCUGAGGAACACUACGACGGCCCAAUCGCAGGUCUGAAGACCUACCUUGAAGAACAAAACACCCUGUUAAUACCCGACAUUCACAACUUAGUAAACUGCGCUCGGGCGGACGGUGACAUCGGCCAAAUCACUACGCAUGUCAGCUCCAUCAAUGGCUUCGUGGACAAGAUCAUCUCAGAGACUCGACGAUACGGACGCGGCAACAUGGUCGUUCGCCUGAGCGAAUGCCGAGACCGCCUCGUCCAAGCCAACCGCCGAGGCCAGGAGAUGGCAGCCUCUCAAGUCGACGAGAGGGAGUGGAAAGCUUGGUCCUUGAUGUUGCCACCCAUUGCGUUUGAGAUUGCUCGGGAAACCAUGGAUCUUGUCGAAAUGGUGGAGGAGCUUGCGGCGGCAUCACAAGACGCAGACGACUUUUCAUGA